AUGCAGGAGUUACCCAGACUGCUCCUCAAUCUCCGUACGCAUAAUGUUGCCUUCACUGCAGACAUCGAAAAGGCUUUUCUACAAAUCACUUAUCGAUUCCGUGUAGUACUAUUCGGUGCAGCACCAUCCCCGUUCUUACUGAAUGCAACUAUACAAUAUCACCUGGACAAACAAAACGACCCCGUAGCCAACGAUCUGAAGAAAUGUAUUUAUAUGGACGACGUUUUGUCGGGAACGAGCUCGCAAAAAGAGGCGAUAGAGUAUUAUACAAAAUCAAGACAAUUGUUCAAAGAGGCCGGUAUGAACCUUAGACAGUGGAGCAGUAACGAUGACAGCAUCAACGAAAAGGCCUCCAAAGACGGUGCAAACGCAGAACGUAUCACAAAAGUUCUCGGAUUUGUCGAACCGUUCUCAGUCAAGGGAAAAAUAAUGAUGCAAGAUGUAUGGAAACUGAACACAUCAUGGGAUAAACAACUUCCUAAAGACAACAGAGAGAACUGGCUGCAAUGGCUAAAUGACCUGAAAGAACUCACYUCCUUGCAAAUCCCGAGGCUAUGCACCGCAAACAACAAAGAAGAGACAGAGCUACACAUCUUCUGCGAUAGUAGCAAACUAGCGUAUGGAGCAGUAGCCUACCUUARGGGAAAAACAACAAACAAGUGCACGUUCAUCAUGUCAAAAAGCAAGGUUGCCCCCCUCAAACAACAGACUCUACCAAGACUAGAACUGCUAGCGGCCCUUCUAGGCGCUGAACUAUGGGAAUACCUUUCGCAAACGUUGCAACCCAAACUGAAAAUAGCAGAGCACUACAUGUGGACCGACUCACAAAUAGUAUUAGCGUGGAUAAGGUCUUUCAAACCACAUCGACAGCAGUUUAUCCACACACGCGUCGGAAAAAUAAAUGACAAAACUAACAGCACACAAUGGAGAUACUGCCCUACGGCAUCUAACCCUGCAGACCUACUUACUAGAGGGAUGAACAGUCAAACCUUCCUGUCGAAAGCGAACAUCUGGUUUCAUGGUCCAUUAAUGGCUAACAAAACAGAGAUCAGAGUGGCCGAAAGCGAACGAGAUAAUGAAGCAGGAUAA